AUGUUCAACUCUCUGAUUCAGCUGAAUAAUGCAAUCAGAGAGUUUGAAUUAAAUAACAAUUUCAAGUUUGUUGUUUUGAAGAAGGAAAAGGGAUUUGGCGACGAUGAAAAUACAUCGAUAAAUUCCAAGUCUCGGAUCCGAUAUGAGGAUUCUCAAAGCGACAUUCUUCCCCACAUUGAAUAUAAUGGAGUUCCAUUUAUCAUUGUGGGAAGAAAAGUCCUUGCAUGCCAUCAAGGAAAGGACCAGGAAAAAGGAAGAAAAGAAAAGAGACAGAAAGAAAUCCAAAACAAAGGAAAUAAAGACCACAACUUUGUCAAAAAGAGAUCCUUGAUUCAGCCAACCAAAAAGAAAAAUUGCCCAGCAAAAAUCAGGAUCAGGCAUGUUAUCAGAUUUCCAGACUUCAAGAUCGAUCUACCUUGUGUAUUGAUCCAGAUGUCAUUUUUUUUAUAUGUAUACUUCCUGGUUGGUGAGAUAUCAAAAUGCAUGUGCAAUAAAUUUUAUGAAAGAGAUGCAGUUUCUGGAAAAUUGAAGCAGAUUCUAGCAUCUGAGUCACAGCCAAACUUGAACAUGUUACACCAGUACUCUGUUUCCUUCCCCGUGCAAAAUGAGCAUGAAAAUCAUCUUUGUGGAGAAUCUGCCAGUAUGGUACAACCCCUAGAUGACCAGUUGAAAAAUCACUUGAGGACCAUGGUGUGGGAACAUAAUAUAUCAACUGGUCUUCAAAUGCGGAUUCUUUUGGAGGUUCACCUGAAGGAGACUCUUUUUAAGGGCGAGGAGAUUCCCACAAAGACCAACAAGAGGUUCUGGCCAUCAAAAAGGGAUUUACAAAACCACAUUGCCCUUGCUAUAAAAAAACAGAGAAAUAGCAAUUGCGACCAAGAAAUAGUAGCAGAAUUAGUUCAAAAAUGGAGAGGUGAAACCACAGACAGGUUCUUCUUGAGAAUUAAGGACAGAAGUGGUGAUCCUGAAGACUGUGAUGUUGAUAUUGGUGGUCUUGAAAACCUUGAUGAUGAUGAAGAAGUUGAUGACGAAGUGUUGCUGAGACGUGAUGUUGUGAAGCAGCUGUAUGGCAAGGAGAAGAGGUUCCUGUAUGUCCACCAGACAGAGUGGCAAUCCAGACUUCUCCUUAGAUAUGGCCAGGAAAUAUCCCUUCUUGAUGCCACAUAUCGGACCACACGCUAUUCUCUUCCUCUUUAUUUUCUCUGUGUACCAACAAAUAUUGGUUACAUUAAUGUAGCCACAUUCAUUACUGAGACAGAGAAUGGAGAUUCAAUUAAGGAGGCUCUCAACAUUCUGAAAGAGUGGAAUCAAAACUGGUCACCACAAUUUUUCAUGUGUGACUAUGCAGAGGAAGAGAUCAAUGCCUUGGAAAGUGUGUUCCCUGAUUCUUUUGUAUACCUCUGUGAUUUCCAUCGUGAGCAGAGCUGGGAUAGGUGGCUGAGUGCUUCUCACAAUGGGAUGACAACUCAGAAAGCUGAUGUUCUGAAGCUACUCAGAGGGAUUGCUAAAGCUAUGUCUGAAGAGGAAUUCCUUGCAUCCGUAACAAUUUUGAAGCAAAGUUCUGUGUGGGCCAAAAGCCAAAGACUACAAAACUGGCUAGGGAAGAAGUGGCUCAAGAGCUAUAAGCGAUGGGUGCGAGAUUUUCGACUGGAACGUUUCAAUGUAUCCAUUAACACCAAUAAUGGCAUUGAACGACAGAACUUGGCCUUAAAGUACGAGUACUUGGACAUGAAGAAGGCUCGGACCCUGAGUCAACUCCUAACCAUCUUGGUAAACAAGUACUUGCCAGAUGCCUACACCAGGUACAAAAGGAAAAACAUAGAGUCCUCCCAUUUGUACAGAAAGUACGAUGAGUCCAUUCCCGACUUUCUUCACAACCGACCAAAGUUUGUUGUACAACAUUGUUUGAAGAGAUGGCUGGAUGGGCAGAACAUACCCGAUAACUAUGUAGAUAAACUCAGCGACAAUGCGUUCCUGGUGAAGAGUUCUGCAGAAAGAGGACUAUUUUUUGAAGUCUGCCUUCAAACUUCAGACAACAGCCUCCCGUCAUGUCAGUGUAUGGACUGGAACAACUGGCAUUUGCCAUGUAAGCAUUUUAUGGCAGUGUUUUUCUAUCACCCAAGCACUGGAUGGAAUGCUUUGCCAGAUGCCUACAAAAGUAGUCCAUUCCUAACCUUGGAUGUGGAGACAUUUCCUUCACAAGGACUGACAACAGCUGAAGCUGACAUCAACUAUGACCAGGACGUCAUCAUGAUUGACAGUUCCUGUGAAGAAUUACCUCUUCCAAAAGCAGCGGUGUUGAAAAGGGCCAGGACACAUAUUUCUGGAAUUCUGGAAAUAAUCAAGGGAUUGGCAUACCAAGUCAAAGACGUUGAUGUCCUCAACAACACAGCCACCCAAUUGAUGGAUGUGAUGUCUUCUUUUAAGGCUGCGGCACCUCAGGAGGAUGGAAUUGUUGUUGAUAAAGAGUCCAACAUGUGUCAUAUUGCAACAACAAGACUGAAAAAGACACCAAGGUCACUCAAAUUAAGGAAAAGAAGAUUAGUGGCCUCCAAACGACAUGGUGUUGGUGCUGAAAAGAGAAGACAGUACCAUACACGGAAAGGUGUUGAAGAUCUGCUUGGGGUUUCAUGUGAAAACAUGAUAACUACUGAAGAAGGGGUUGACCUUUUGGCUGAAUUACACACUGAAGAUCCACCGUGUAAUGAAUCAACAACAAAGCCUACAAUGCUGCUUGAAAAAUUCAAAGGCUUUGUGUCAACUUUGACAGCAGCAACUCUUGAAAGAUAUACCAUGAGUGCAUCUUCACUUAGUUCCUGCGAUUUGAAUAUGUCAAACAGGAUUGGGGGUGUAGUCUUGUCAGAAUACUGUGAUUCUAGUAUGGAUACUGCAGAUCUUCUCAUGUCACUCCAAUCCGCACUGCCACCUACACAAUUACAGCUACCUGAUGAGGUCAUAUUCACCCUGGUCUGCCUCAUUCUGGAUCAAAUGGAACAAAACGGAGACAUACAAAUUUUUCAAGAAAAACACCCAAAGCAGCUGGAAAAGGAAAGUGCAGAAGCAUUUAGAGGUCUCAUUGAAUGCUUGAAAGAUAUGAAAUCUAAAGCACCAGUGCCACUCGAACCAGUAUCAGAACCAUCUAUGCAAGUAUCAGAACCUUCUGUGCCAGUUUCUGUGUCAGCUGUAGUUUCAUUUGGCCAUCAGGCAAAAAGAAAGAAAAAAAAUGUUACCUUCUCCAAAGAAGCUAUUCAAAAGAAAAGAAUUGUUAUCUCUGAGGACAAAACAUCUGCAUUUCCCGGUGGAGGAUUGCAGAAUCUUCCCGGACAAAAUUUGUGUUUUGCAGACUCCCUUCUACAAUGCUUAAGGCUCAAGGAUUUUCACAAGAUUUUACUGCAACACACAUGCUCUGAGCUGGGAUGUUUCAUUUGUCAACUUCGAAAUUUUAUUGAAGAAGGACCCCUGUCAACAGAAGUAUUAUGUGGAAAUAUGAAAGAAUUCUGGCCAGACUAUGCAGUGGGACAGCAGCAUGCAGGAUCCUCAUGAACUCUUGCAAAAGAUCAUUGGACAAAUUCAGAACAAGUGUUUUGGGGAUGGUAGUGGUGAAACAGCUGCCCAAGAUAUUUUCUAUGGACUUCAAAAGAGCACAGGUAUGGUAUGAAUAGCAUUCUUAAAUUUUAUGAAUUACAUGGUUCAUGAUGGUGUGGUAAACAAAUUUGCAGGUUUCUAGAGAUUCAUGUUGAUGAAAAAUAUAGGCAAGUUUUAUGGUGGCCAUCAUGAUCUCAUUGGGAAAUAUUCUGUACCCUUGUGUGAUAUGAAGGUGGACGUUUUUGACCCCUGAUGUUUUGUUGUCACUACCCCAAUUCUCA